CGCCACUCUACCAUCCUUCUUAAACCUUCUCUGACUAUAGACGCGAGCCAAGGUAAUGGCAUAGCCGCUCCACCAUGUCUACAGGAGUGGGACUUCAUCUCGAGUAUUAAACCUGUCCUCCCACACAAACCUUCUUUCUCACAGUGUGACCCUUCGAGAGACGAAAGGACGGACCGUCAAAUAUGAGCAGCUUCUUUGGCGCCCAAGGCUCGGGCUCGGGACCCAAUGCCAACAAGUCAUCAUCAAACACCAGUGGGAGCAGUACCGGCGGUGGAGGAUGGGGUAGCUUCCUGAAACAAGGACUCUCCACUAUCGAAUCCAAGCUGGAUAUGGUGCUUGACAUCAAUGUUCCCAUCCCUGGCGGCGCUUCAGGAACACUCACAUCAUUCUCGCCGCAUGCGACAGUAUUGCCAUCCAGCAUCACCGGCGCUUCGUCGACAAAGGAUACACCGCCCAAAAAGCAGGAGCUGCCCCGACUCUCAGGUCGAAGCGAUUCCCAGGACUUGGAUGAAAUCAGCGCAGCGGAGGAUGAUCUCAACAGCCGGUCCAAGGCAACUGCUGCGAGGAACUCGGGCUCCGCAUUCAGUAAUAAAGGCGAGGACAAAAAUCAGCGAACAUCCGUAAGCGUUUCAAGGGAGGAGGGGCCUCUGGAUGACUCAAAGCCCAGCACCAGCAUCGCAAGGGACGACUCCACUGUAACUGUAGAUCCGUUCACAGGAAUGGUCAUCACUACUCCUGGAAUCAUGCGCAUGUCAACACCACCGGUCUCGGGCGGCAACUCUGCUGCUGCUGCUGCUGCUGCCGCUAACCGAGAAAGAUUGGAGCAGAGGAUGAGGGGAAUUUUUAAGAAGACGAACGAGUCGCCAUCCUCGGCCGCCACAACUCGGUCUCCAGCAGCCUCACCUUCACCCUCGGUACGACAGUCAAUAUCCACGGAACCAGAAGACAGCGCUUCAGGAAAAGAGGACCCAGAUAAGGGUAAUGGACAAAUCACCAAUGUGGUCACUGCAAUUAGCGAGGAAAACGCUCCAUCAGAUGAUAUAGACGUAGCUGAAGACAGCUAUCAAGAAGUAAAGGAGUCGAAUACAUCAGAACUGCCGUCCGUGGAGGCGAGUGCUGAUGCUGGAGAGGCCGUGGAGAAACAGGAGGACAAGGACGCAAAUGAUGAGGCCACGCAAAGCGCCGUUACAGUCGACAAGACCACAGACGAAUCAGCCGGUCCGGAACAGGACCCAGAGAUGCAGACAGAUAAUGCCAAGCAGAGUGAAUCUUUGCCGGAGGAGAUGAUUUCUGAGGACAAGGAUCAGGAUAUCAAUCCCAUACAACAGGACCGGGAGGGCUCCGUAACUACAGAAGAGACGAUCACAGCAAACGAUUCAAAGGAGAUCGAGGUGCAAUCCAAAGAAGCUGAGGAAGCAAAAGAUCAAGAGGGAUCGACAGAUAGUCUAGUAGUUGACAAGACAGAACUCACCCCAGCUCGCUCAUCUCUCGACAACGAGCCGGUCAAAACCACUGUACCAACUCAACCAACCGAAGCGGGGCCCGCAGAUUCUGUCUCAAAAGAGCCAGCUCCUGUAUCGCAGCAGACGUUGGACAAGGUCGGCAACACUCAAAAGACGGACAAAAUCGUCGGAUCUAUCACGUCUGACGAGAAUCCCUUAAAGAAAGUACUGGAGCAGCGGGAGGAGCAACUUUUCAAGGUCAUGCAGGAACAGUCAUCGCUUCUGGAAAGGUUGCGCGAUCUAGAGGACGCAAAAGCAGCUGAGGAUGCACUGAAGGCAACCAAGGUCGCAGGUCUGGAAAAGAUUAUCGAAUCACAAAAGAAAGAGCUCGAGGUCGCACGCGGAUCUAACCUGGCGAGUCAACCAAAGUCGAUUCAGAAAACUCUAGAGGAACAGCGCGCAUUACUUGAGGAGAAAGACGAGCAGAUCCGGGGACUCUUGGAAGAAGGCGAGGUUCUGUCGAAGAAGGAGUUCAAGUAUUUGACGUCGAUCAAGACCUUGCGGACAAAAAACAUUGAAGCUGAGAAGCUGCAGAUGGACACGCAAAAGAAGCUGGACAGGGCGCUCUCGGACUACACUGAUUCCCAGGCCAAGCUCGGGAAAAUAAUGGACGAGAACAAGCAGCUGAACGAUUCCGUAAAAUCCCUGCACGAUAUCAACCAGCGACAGAACAAGCAAAUGACAAAGAUGGAAGCAGAGCUCCUCCAGGUCAAGGAGGAGAAGGCCAAUCUACAACUGGGGCUGGAUCGGGCACGACAAGAGCUCGCAGAGGCCCGUAAAACUUCUGCUGAGCUAUCAAACCAAGCACACGCUGCAGCACUGGAUCGCGAGAUGAAACUUAACGAGGACCUGAACAAGGAGAUAGACGAACUCAAGGCACAACAUGUGGCGGUUGAGAGGAACCUUCAUCAGGAGAUCCAGGACCUUCGUGUUUCUCUUUCCAAUCGAGAGGAGCUCGCGGGAGAGAAGGAGGACCAGCUCUGGAUGGAGAUCAGGAGCUUACAGGCGCGUCUUGAACAGAACGAUAACGACUCGUAUGACCUGCAGGAGGCACUAGAUGAGGCUCGUCGACCGCUUCUGCGACAGAUCGAGGUCCUGCAGAAUCAGCAAGGUGCUGCCAGUCGUAACUGGGACAAGAUUGAGAAGACCCUUACCCGCCGUGUCACGGAAGCUGAAGAAGAUGUAACCAAGGCGCAGGAGCGAGAAAAGAUUACCAGAGACAAAAUGGAUGAACUGAAAUCGCAAAGCGCAGCCCUGGAAGCACGCCUCGAGACGCUGAGGGUAGCGGACACACAACUUCGAUCAGAGAUCAAUGCCAACAAACGACUUUUGAAGGACAAGGAGGAGGAGACACGUCAGGCGCAGUCCGAUCUCGCCAAGGAACGCGCCCAUCUCGAGCGAGCCAUCGAGGAAGCCAAGGAGGACGCAGAAAGGAAAUUGCGCCUGCGACAGCAGACAGAGAUCGACAAGCUGAAGCAGCAGAUCCAACAGCUUCAGAAGCGACAAGGAACUGUGGACGACGGCUCGGAAGUGCACCUGUCGGCUGGAAGUUCAGCGGCAGCCCCACGGCCGUCGUCCUCUUCCAUCUCUGCGACAGCUUUCUCAUCGCCCAUGUUGGCAGGCGGUCCUCUAGUUAUGGGUGGAUUGAAGACUGCUCUGCAUGGAAGCGGCAACGGAGUCCGCGCGAGCUUUGAGUCGAUCACAAGCCCUGCUAGUCUGGACGGGAUGCCACCCUCAUUAUCGCGGACCAGCUCCUCCCAGACCAUGUCAGGAAUGAGCGCGACAGCGUCGUCUAUGGGCCUAAUGGGCCUUGGUAGCGGCGCAACUGGUCAAGCUGUGGCGAUCGAGAGAUUGAACACAGUGGUCCGUCAGCUAGAGGGCCAGGUUACCUUCUUGAGCGAGCAAGUGCGUACUGCGAACAAGAACAAAGACGAGCUCUCUGAUGAACUUGUCCGAGUGGCCAUGGAGCUGGAGGAGCUGCAGAAGCAGGCAAUGCGGGUCCCUGGUUUAGAGAAGGAACUGGCCUUGCUGCAGGAGCGGUAUAAAGCUGCGUUGGAGAUGUUGGGCGAGAGGACUGAGGAAGUCCAGGAGUUGAGGGCGGAUAUCGUCGAUGUGAAGGAAGCAUAUCGUGAUCAGAUCAAUGAGCUGCUCGGGCAGCUUGAGCAGUCAAGACAGAUCAACGCUCGGUAAGGAAAAUAAAAAUAAUAAAAUAAAAAUACAUAUCCCUUAGAGAAAACCGUAAUAAAUAAAUACUUUUGUCUCGUCA